AUGGGCGUCACGUCACAUACGGGUACGGGCCGUCCGCAAGACAUUGGCGCUGAGAAACACCUCGGCAGCAAUUCGCUUGCAAACGUCGUCGACGUUUUCCAAGAGUGCUACGUCCUUCCGGAAAAAGUGAAUCUGCGCAGCCGGAUUCACGGCCCGCAACUCAACCGGCAGAGCGCUCGCCCUCGAUCGUUCCGUCCGACGAUAUAA